GCGCCCGACGCCAUGCAACGCUAAUCACAACCAAUUAGAAGUACCAAUAAAAAGCUAUUAAGCUCUCUGCAGACUGGGAACGGCUUUUAGGGAUAUUUGAUAACUAAUAUGGACAACUACUUACGAUUGUUUGUUUGAUGUUGUGAAGAAGAGGGAGAAACAAUGAGGAGUUGAAUGCUUAUCUCUGAGAUAAACGAAAGCCCCGGGCUUCUUAUUUUUCAGUUAUGAUGUUACUCGAUUGCCUUUCGUGACUAGCCGCUAUAAGCGCGAUAUCUUACGAUACGGGCUUGUAUUUCAUUAACUUCUGCUUCCGUUGUGCACUACUUUUCCGGCUUACUGAGGGGAAACAAGUCACUUGUUUUCCUUAUACUGAACAAUGGCAGGUAGAUAUUGUUAUACGGAAGACUUACGUAAUCUCACCAAGCGCCUCUCAGAAACACAUUCGGUGACAACGUCUGCCGUUAUGUUUUGCCUCGGUGUUGGCGGAAACCUAUUUGCAAUCUUCCUCUUGGUCCGGCAUUCAAACACCCACCACUGGAGUGUGUUCUAUCGACUUGUAGGAGGACUCGCCGCCACUGAUCUUUUCGGAAUUUUGUCGAGUUCACCUCUUGCCUUUGUGGUCUACAGUAACGACUUCCAGUGGGUAGGCGGACAACCGACUUGUGACUACAUGUCCUUUGUUUUGAUUUUGUCUAGUGUUUCAACAAUGUUGAUAGCCACUUCAAUGUCGGUGGACAGAUUUCUUGCCGUGUGGUUCCCGUUCAUGUAUAAAACUCUGGAGAAAAGACGAAGAGUUCAUGUCAUCCUAGCCUCGCUUUGGAUCUUCGCUUUCUUGAUCGCAAGUCUUCCACUUUUUCGCUUGGGCCAUAACAUACGUCACUUCCCGUGUACCUGGUGCUUUUUCGAUUAUUUUGGCACCACUUUGACGGAUAUUGCAUUCUCCAUUCUUUACGCGUCUCUAGGAAUCCUGACGAUUUUCAUUUCAAGCAUUAUCAAUAUCCUCGUGCUAGUCGCGAUAGCUAAAGAGGUGAACAGCACACAGAGGGGAAAUUCUAUGAGGAUCAGAAGCAGACGAGGCCAAAAACGAGCCAGGAGAAAUGAGAUUUUCAUUAUGACCUUCAUCAUAGCCAUUUUGUUGACCUUCGCCUGUUGUUGGAUGCCAUUAAUGAUCAGAGUCUUCACAAACGUAUCGAAGCUACAUACCCCUAAUUUCCCCUCUGAUCUUUUGGCCAUACGUUUCGCUACCUGGAACCAAAUACUCGAUCCAUGGAUCUACAUUGUCUUGCGGAAGGAGAUGCUGACGAGAUUCUACAACGUUUACAGGAGACUAUUUACAAAAGACGCGUUAGAAUCUAUUGCAGACAAAUCGGAAGUUAGUAACAACGUUCAUAAAUUGGAUGUUUGUUUGCCAAGUCUAUCGUGUCCGCAUCGUGACGCUUUACGGAAUUCAGCGGAAAAAGAGACAAGCUCGUUGAUGUCAUACGGGAAGGGAACUUCCGGGUCACGAGACACACAGGAGGAAAGUAAACAUGAAUUAGGAUGAUGAUAUAAAAAAAAAAAACCAGGACGAUAUUUCAUACCCCUUAUCAUCGAUGAGUACAUGCAAUAUAUAUAAUACAUUUCUCAGGUUAGCUCAAUAACUACAAUCUCAGAGACUGUGUCAAAUGUUUUGAACUCUUGACCUUGUAAAUCAUUCUUAUCAUAUUUUGAAUCACGUUUAUAUUGUUUUUAGCGAGAGAUUUGAAUUCUUAAAUUCAUUUCAUAGAGAGCAAACAUUUAAUUGAUUGAUGAUGACUCUAUUAUCACCUCCAAUUUAUAACAGAAAACAACAAAAAUAAAAUGAAAUAAAGAAAGAAUAAAAAACACAGUGUUAAAAAAUCUAAGAUUAUAAGGAAAAAGAAAUAUAGCAUUUUAAGACGUUCUUGCCCUGCAGAUUCUUGAUUGAAUAAAAACGAUAAGUUGAUUGCAUUUUAUUUUCAAAUAGAUUUUUAAAAAUUAUAGAAAGCCAUAAAAUAGCCUAUCACAAAUACAACAAAUAAUUAGGAAUUAUGAUGGAUACUGAUUUUGACUACGAAUUACCAAGAAAUAAGGCUCACGGCGGGUGUAACGGGUCAACAGGGGUGCUUACUCCUCUUAGGCACCUGAUCCCACCUCUGGCCUCAAGACCAUAAACUGAGAAUAGACUUAAGACUAAAUUCAAAAUCCACUUAACUUUUGAAAUAAUUUUCAAAAAGAAAUAAAAUUUUCAGGAUAUGUUUGCAUUUGAAUUUUUUUUUAUAAACCUGCAGUGUUUUUAAUCAUCUGUGCUGGAUGAAUCUUCAGAUAUAAGCAAUCAAAUUUUGACUUAAGUCUAUUCUCAUUUUAUGGUCUUGGGCCCUGGUGUGUCCAGGGGUGUGCCCAACUCUUAAUUUUGUAUUUUUGUGGGAUUUAUGAGAUUUAUCACUGCUAAUUAUCUUCACAUUUUCAUUCCAAAAAAAGGAAAACAAAACAAAACAGAAAAAUUAAACAACCCAACAUCCGACAAAUACACUACUAGUGUAUUUGAGAAACGUGGCACAAUGCGAAUGUUUUCAAUACCGGCAAGUUGUUGCUAUAGUAACUAAUUCCUCCAUCACAAGAAUGACAAGUAAUUUUGCUAUUGAAACCGUCAUUAAUUAUUAAUCUGUCGUAAUGGAGAAUUUAAGUAUGUGCAAUGUACAUUUAUGGAUUGCUUUCUCUCGGUCGAGGUUAUUUCUGAAAUGAAUGUAUCUUAAACAUCUCUACGAUUCUGAAAUAAACAUAUUUUACUAUUCUGAAAAAAACCCCAUAUUUUACUAUUCUGAAAAAAAACCCCAUAUUUUACUAUUCUGAAAAAAAACCCACACCAUAUUUUACUAUUCUGAAAUAAACAUAUUUACGAUUCUGAAAUCAACAUAUCUAGCAUUCUGAAAUCAACAUAUACAUGUAUCUACCAUUCUGAAAUAGACAUAUACGAUUCUGAAAUCAACAUUUCCACGAAAAAGCCCCACAUUUGCCAUCAACCAACAAUUUGUUUACGUCCCGUAGGUAUUUAACAUGAUAUGAAUUAUGAAUCAAAUAGUUCGCGCAAGAUAAGCGCUUUUCAUGAAAUAUUAGGCAUGUGUGUAAGAGUUCUUCGAUCAGCUCAUUGAGUGGUUUGACCAGUCCUUGAAAGGUCUAAUAGGAAUUAUUUGAUUUGUUAAUGCAAUCACUGUAUUGACAGAUAUACAAUGCCAUCAACAUUAGGUUAUAUGAUCUGACGAUAGAGCAUUAUAGCAGAUAGCAGCGACUGUUACUACAUCUACUGGGUAAUUUUGAAUAAACUGUGGGUACAUCUAUAUUAGAUAUUUUUUAAGUUUCUUGUUGUUGAUUUUUUGUUUGAAAGAUAGAAAAUUUUAAUAUAGUGUUCAUAAUGUAUUACAAUUUGGCUCCUUCAUCCUCAUCGGCGAAAAAAUCAACAAGAAUUCGGUCUAUGGCAGUUGUCAAGUGUCACUUAUUGAUUGUAUAACUAUUCCAAGUAACAACAACGUCAUCAAUACCUUAUUCAGUUAUUUAGUAGGUAGGCAAGAAUCCGACUUUAUGCGCCGAUUUAAAUUAUUUCUGAGAUAGUUGCCAUAUAGAAAUUGAUGUAUACCGUUCACAGUUAUUAAAUGGGUACAAGUAUGAGGGCGGGCAAUAUUUGUCUGUCGUUGUUUUUACGUCUCGUUGAGAAUUUUGCACUCCUAUGGAGACUUCACCAGCUAGGUGAAGUACCACAAAAGACUCAUGCUUAUCGCUCAGGGCCGUAGCAGUGAGGAUUCAUUAACGUGCCAACGCCUGCCGUAUAUAUUCGAAAGACCCGUGAUUCUAACUUCUAAAUGCUGAGCGUUUAGCGAAGGAGCAAUCACUACCUAUAUUAUUGUCUUGGGGUUGGCGUGGUCAUUGCACAAGCGGGACUUGAACUCACGACCUCCCGGUUACGAAGCGAACGCUCUGCCACUGAAUUACCGCGACCGGUGAGGGCGGCCAAUGGUCAUUUUGUUGGCUGAGGGCUUUAACCUGAGGUCAGCAGGUCUUACAAAGGGACUGAAAACACGAUUAUUGCCCAAAUAAAUAUUAACAAGUGUCUUAUUAUAUUAUAAAACAAGUCUGGUCCAUUGUCUUGUCUCCGCCAUUCCUGGCAGACGAUAAUCAAUCAACAUUAUAAAGACGCUUGGAACGGGCUUGCAAAUUACUACAAAAGCUGGUCAUGAAGGAUUCGAAUGUUAAUAUAACUAACCGCCCUUGAGCUAUAGCCUACAUGUAGGUAGCGUGUUUUAUGCUGAAGGGCGUAUAGUCAUUUUAUUGUAUAAACCUCAUAGAGAAGUAUAAAACUACUCUAUGCCAGAGGUAUAUGAUGGGAAUGCUGUGAAUAUAAUGGUCAUGGGUCCCAGUUUCAGUGUUGUCAACAUAGUGAUCAACUUUACUUUAAUUUCAAUCUCCUAUUUUUAGCAAAAACUUUAAGAUGGAAUACAAAACGGUUUUUAAAAACUCUUGCAAAGGGAACUUUGAUAGGAAAUGCCUUGUUUAGUGUUCCCUGUAAAAUUAACCUUUAUCUGAAACUUGUAAAAUAUAAUCAGUGUUCAUGUAUCUCGUAGUAUGUAGUUAAUGUGAAUGCAAAUGUGUACGUUUAAAUGUGUACAGAUAUGAAUGUCAAAUAAUUUGUUCGAUGAAAUAAGAAUUUUUUCGAGA